AUAUCUUGAAAUCUCAUUAACUAAGACGAAUCAAAAUAAUGACCGAGAUAGAUUACAGAAGUGGGGAAGGGAAACUCCCCACUCUACGCGAACCUUCCCCGACGCAGUCUGUUGUUGGACAUCAACAGAAGUGAUGUCGUCGCCUGGUGCGGGUAAACGGCGUAUGGACACUGAUGUUAUGAAACUAAUUGAAAGCAAACAUGAAGUUACGUUUCUCGAUGGAUUGAACGAAUUUUGUGUCAAGUUCUAUGGGCCACAAGGUACACCAUACGAAGGAGGUAUUUGGAAAGUUCGUGUUCAUCUUCCUGAUCAGUAUCCUUUCAAAUCUCCCUCAAUAGGUUUUAUGAACAAAAUUUAUCAUCCCAAUAUAGACGAAGUUUCCGGAACAGUGUGUUUGGACGUAAUCAAUCAAGCUUGGACUGCCCUCUACGACCUGUCAAAUAUUUUCGAAUCUUUUUUGCCUCAGCUUCUUACUUAUCCUAAUCCUUCGGAUCCUUUGAAUGGUGAUGCAGCAUCUCUAUAUUUACAUAAACCCGAUGCUUAUAAGAAGAAGGUUCUCGAAUUCGUCAGAAAAUAUGCAACAGCUGAAGCAUUAAGAAAACAAGAACAACAGACGGUUUCCUCAGGCAGUGAAUCUUCUUUGUCUGAUUUUAGCGAAGACGAAGCACAAGAUAUGGAAUUAUAGCAGAAGUUUUUCUGUGAUAUUUUUUUAGUGCCUUAUAACAAAGUGAUGUGUCAUAAAGAGACUUAUAUUUAUGGACUUUUUCUAUUUUUUAGAAAAAAAAACUUUUAAUAAUUGACUUUAUUUUUUAUAUUGUGUUGUUAUAUGUAAUAGGACUAAUGUAUUCAUCUAAAGAUGAAAUUAAAACCAUGUAAGUAAAAAUAUGUUUAUUUAUAACCUUCUUAAAAUAACGUUUGAUCUCCUUUAACUUAAGUGAUAGAACUUUUUCAUAUAUUAAUUUGUAGGUAUUAAGUGAUUGAUUGUGGAUGCAUAUUAUGUCUUUGAAGUAGAAUUAAAUUUUUCAUAUUAAAUCAGUUUACUGGAGCUUCCUGAACACAUUUCUUGUUAAACAUUUCAACCAUUAUAUACUGUUGUUAAUUUUCUUAAGUUUAUAAGUUCUUUAUGUUUGAUAAAUAAUAAAGUUAUCCAAAACUGCAGUGCUAGAUGUUAUAGCAAUUUGUUAUUUGUUUGCCCAUGUACUUCGAGUAUUUCAUACAUUCUGAAAAGGCAAUACUCCCUAACCACUUAAAGAAAUUAAAACUUUUUUUCAAUAUGAUAGAAAUUCUAAUUUACAAUGAUUUUUAUUUUUAUAAUUGUUUAAUCCAAAAAUUUAUAAACAAUAUUUAUGAAAAUUUUAGUGUACUCUCUCCUGUUACCAGUGUUUAAGAAAAUUAAUUGUGUGGGUUAUGCUUGAAUCAAACAAUUAAUUGAAAAAUAUUUUUUUGUCCACUUGAUUAUGUUGAGUAAUAGGAAACAAUUUUGGUAGUCUUCUUGUUUUCAUGACUACUGCAGUUUUAUUAUUAUUUUAUUUUGAAAUAAUUCUUCAUAUCUACCUAAUGGUGGUUCAAGCAAUAUUAAAAAUAAAGGAAUGUCAUUUAAGUUAUUCAUGAUUCUUAUUCUAUAAUUCAAAAUAUGCACUAAUUAUAAAUUAUAAAAUUUGAUGUAUUU